CACUUAAAAACUGAAUUAUCAUAAAAAUACUUCAAACAAAAUAUAGAUAAUGUUCUUACCAUCUAGUUUCUUAAUAGGUUUAUUCUCUAAUUUUUAAGCUAACGGAUUAGAUUAAAAUGUGAACUGCUGAUCGUAAAUUUUCUAUUUUACGCUUUUGUAAGACUACAAAUGCAAGUGAGGCAUUCAAUUAGGAGGAUUAUAUUGGUCUGUGGCCCUGUGGGUGAAAUAUAGAUUAGAUAAAAUAUUAUUUUACAACACAAAUUUACUGAUAUAUCACCCAUUCUCACUAUAUAACAUCAAUAUCAUGGUUUUACUGAACUACUGUUUAUCAAUAUUAAAUACAUAAUAGUAGCCUCUAGCCCAGUGUUUCUUAACCUUUUUGAUAUCACGGAACACCAGGCAAUAAUUUUUUUUUCAUGCGGAACCCCUCUGAAAAUAUCUUUAAAAAAGAAGGAUACACAAAACACGGAAAAAUAAUAAUACAAUUAUUGCAUGAAUCUUAAUGGGAUGGUUGCGCUUGAAUAUGACUGCAUAUGUUAUCAAUAUCUGGAGUAAGGUUUGUUAAUGAAAAUCUUAGUGUCGGCGUCACAUUCAAUCUAUUUCGAUAUGUUUUUGAUAUUUUAAAUAUUUUGAUAAAAACACAGCACAGCACUUUCGCGGAACCCUCAAGUGAUCUUCGCGGAACCCUAGGGAACACAGGUUAAGAAACACGGCUCUAGCCUAUAGGUCACAUUUUAAAUAUAUUUUUCAGUAAUUUUCCAUUAAACUAUGAAUCCAUGUGUUGUUCCAACAAUUCCAUAUAUUGGUGACAAAGAAUGGAAAAUGAAACACCAACGUUAUGUGACCGAAGCCAAGACUCAAGAUCCAAAUGUUCUCUUAAUUGGUGCUUCUAUUAUUGAAUUCAUCCAAUGUUAUCCAAUAUGGAAUGAUAAAUUUGUACCUUUAAAAAGUCUAAACUUUGGAAUUAGUGGUGAUCGAACUCAAAAUGUGCUAUGGAGAGUAAAAAAUGACAUUCUUGAUCACAUAAAACCAAAAGUUUGUAUUCUUAAUGUUGGAUCAAAUAAUGUUGAUAAUACUCCUGUUCAGAUUUCAGAAGGUAUAUUAGCUAUUGUUGAUGAAAUUAGAUCGAAACUUCCUGAUUGCUACAUUAUUAUCAUAGGAAUAUUACCACGUGGUCCUAAUCCGAAUCCAUUGAGAAUUCUGGGAACUCAAGUUAAUGAAAUUCUCAGUGAAAAAGUGAAAAGUAUUUUCAAAGUUGAAUUAUUCACUGCUCAUGCUCAUUUGCUGCAACUAGAUGGUACAUUGAGUCAAGAAGAUGCGCCAGAUUAUCUUCAUCCGUCUGAAAUAGGUUAUCGUAAAAUAUUCAAUCCAAUUUUUGAGCGUCUUAAAGAAAUUCUUGAUAAUUGAGUAUACUGUAUACUAAAUAAUAUUAUAUUUUUGUUUAAAAUUUUAAAUAUGACUUAACACGUUGAUAUCCACAUGACCGCCAUCGGUUACUUGAUAUGUAUUAUUAAUAAGUCAUGUAUAUUUUCAAAUUAUAUUACAUAUAUCAUAUAUUUAUUCCAAAUUAAUUG